AAGGUAACUUUCAUUUGAAGCUGUUUUACUAACUGUAAAUGUAAUGCAAAUAUUUCCCACUUAGAUCUUCGGUCGGCAAGUACUUACAUUUUUUAAAUUAUCGUUUCCUUAAUUGUGAAGUGCAUUUCUUGAAGAAAGGUUUCGGUGCUCAAUUUGUUUCAACAGCAGUGCUAAAACAUGGAGUGUAUAUCGUCUAUAGAUGCAUCGAGCGCAACUUUUUUUUAACUCUGACCUUCUUACAAAGGACGCAGCCUUGUUUAAGCUAUAAGUUUGAUCUUGUUAAAAAGUAUUCUAAUUAUUACUUAGGAAAUCGACAUCUUAGAUUGUUCCUUUCCGGUCGUAGUCCUAUUCCGCACGAUGAAUAAUCGACAACGAUUUUUUCAUAGCCAAAUUUCUACCACAUCCCUUUCCUUUCGAUAUGGAAAAUCGAAGCAAAUACGGUCGUAGUCGUAUCCUUCCUCUUUCGUAAGUUUCGUAAAUGUGAGCUAUUUGUGAGGAUUUUCUUAAAGAUAACAACAAAUCGUAGAUUCAUGUGCGCAUUCCCGAAAGUUUCCGUUUCUCUUCAGUCUUUCAAGUCGAUUGGCCACCAACAUUUCAUCUGUCUCAUUUCCAGUGGUACGUAGCACAUUUUAUUGAAAUGUCGAAUCAAAAUAACCGUGAACAAGGCGCGUUCGGUGUUGGCACCAACGGGAGAAUUUUGGCGGAUGACAAAGAUCAACGUAGACCGAUAACUCAUCCCCGCCAGCAAAAAUUACCCCGACCGAAGUUAGGGUCGUACCCUUCGAAGAAUUGCAAUUUCAAAGUCAGACUGUCGUCAAGAAGGAGCGUUUCCCGAGAAAAUGUAAGGCAUCGAUCGUUCCCCAGUUUAUCCAGCAUCAGUGAAACGGAAUCGCCGAGCUUUGAUUUCACGGAAAGUUUCGAAGUUCUCGACGAAAGUGAAACGAUUUCUCCAACGACUUGGUGCGUUUGGCCCCAACAGAUGUUGAUGGUGGCCAUCGAUGAAAAAUUAUUUACUAAAAGUCCCUUAAAUGUCCGCUUGUGUAAACCUCGUCUCAAUGUUUCCCUUGGUGAGUCUGACUGGAGGGAAAUUCCACCUGAUUGUUAUGACGUUGGUGUUUUGUUUGCUGCUCUGAAUGGGCACGUCGCCAUGUUGACUUUUUUCCUUGAAUCGGGAGGGGACGCCAAUGCAUUGGAUUUGCUAGGCAGAUGUGCCGUGCAUUACGCGGCAAGUUCUUCGAGUUCCAGCGCCGUUUUGUGUCUAAAUCUGUUAAUCCGUUACAAAGCCACGGUUGACGUGUUGGACCGGAAUAAAGAAGCGACUCCGCUUUUCUGUGCCGCCGCUUCCGGUCGUAUCGAAUUGGUCGAAGCACUGUUAAGCAAUGGUUCGGACGCAAACGCUGGGUGGGGAAGUUCAAGCGCUUUGGUGUGGGCCGUUAGGGCCCGAAGUUUGUCUUGUGCCACUCGGUUGGUUGAAGCAGGCGCCAAUGUCAACAAUUUGCAAGUUCUCUGUGAGUCGCCUAUUCACGUGUCCGCUUUCCAAGGAGACGUCGACUGUUUGAAAUUACUUUUGGAGAAUAAAGCCGAUGCUAGUGUCCUUUGCGGUCCCGAACGAAGAAAUGCACUUCAUUUGGCUUCAUUGAGAGGCAAAGCUGAAUGUCUUCGCUUACUUUUAGAGGCCAGCACAACUGAAAUUGACAAGCCGGAAGCCGUUGGCCGGACACCUUUACACUUGGCGGCCUUGUCUCAAUCGGUAGAAUCGGUCAAAGUAUUGUUGGAUUACGGAGCGCGACAUGAUAUUUGCGAUGGAAUGAAGGAGACGCCGCUUCACAGUGCCGUCGUCAAGUGCCGUAGGUCUAUCGAUGUCGUCAGGUUGCUGAUUUCCAGGGGAGCCAAUGUCAAUGUGAAGAAUCAGUUCAGUCAAACUCCUCUCCACUUGGCGGCAAUCAACGAACAUUCGAAAUUGGCUUCGUUCUUGAUUCUCUCGGGCGCUGAUCUGUCAGCUAAAAAUCGAGCAAAGAAUACGGCUCUGGCUUUAGUUGCACGACGAGUUCCAGACGCCCUGUCAACCAUUUCGAAAAAGUUGGAUUCAGCGAUUGAAAUAGCCGGAGGACUCGAUCCAACUGAUGCAGAUUGCGAAUUGCGAUUAGAUUUACAAGUUCUUGUGCCUAGCGGCAACCAACAAAAAGAAGGAGAAAUGGCCAUGUUAACCUCGAUGAUCGCGGCCGAUCAGCAUCAUCUGUUGCAGCAUCCAGUCAUUGGCGCCUUCCUACAUUUGAAAUGGACCAAGAUCCGUACCACUUUUUUGGCCUCACUCAUUUUUCAAUUUUGUUAUGUUCUCUUUUUAACACUGAACAUUUACACUACAUACGUAAGCAGUAAGAAUGAAAAAGCCGAGAAUGGAACGACCAAUUUAACCAAUCAUAAUAAUUCCACCGGCACAAUUGUGCACAACUCUGAUUUAAUUGACUCACAAACCCAAAAAAGCUACUCACUCGAUUACUUUUGGUUGCCGACGAUCUUUUUCGGUUCCAUGACAGGGUGCAAGGAACUUUUCCAACUGUAUUGUAAUCCACAUGAAUACGUGACAGAAGUAGAAAACUACGCGCACCUCUUUUCUGUUAUCGGAAUGGCACUCAUCAUUCCCAGGAAUGAGGAUGGAUAUGUGUCUGAUUGGCAGACUCACGUGGCCGCUGUAGUCAUAAUCGUUGCCUGGAUUAAUCUGAUGUUGCAUAUCGGACGAUUUCCCGAAUUCGGUCUGUAUAUCCAGAUGUUUACCACCGUUGCAUGGAAUAUGUCCAAACUACUGGUGACAUAUUUCUGCCUCAUCGUCGGCUUUUCGCUAGGAUUUGCCGUUCUGUUUCCGAAAUCGAAAUUUUUUGGUGAAAUACCCAUCGCGCUUCUCACGGCAAUCGUCAUGAUGACAGGCGAAAUGGAUUUCAACACUCUGUUUUAUGAUGAAAAUGGCAACGAAAAAAUCAGAUUCCCUGGAACAACCCAUUUAGUCUUCCUAUUCUUUGUUCUUCUGAUUGUCAUAGUUUUGAUGAAUUUACUCGUUGGUUUAGCCGUCUCUGAUAUUCAAGGCUUGUUGAACUCGGCUGGCUUGAAUCGUCUUAUCCGGACUACGAAGCAAAUUGCGCGCAUGGAAAUUUUUAUCUUCUUCCCUUGGCCCAUCCGUUUGCCUCAGAUAUGGUCAAAAAUUCCUAAACGAGAAUGUCUACAGCGCAAAGUAUUGGUUGUGUCACCCAAGGCAAAACGCACUUACAACUUCAAGCCCAACGACCCACGUGAUGGACGCUUCCCACAAAACAUCAAAGAAGGUUUAUUAGCAAUUGCCGUUGAAAGAAUGGCUAGCAAAAAGAAAGGACCGUAUCAGUAUAACGCCCUAUCCGUUCAAACCAACGGAGAAUUUAUUACCGACGUGUUUCAUCGAGUUGACGAACUCUUUACGAAUUACAUGUCGGAAAUUGUUACGAUGAACGAGAAGAUAAAUGAAAAACUUGCGCUAUUGGAGGAUGCUAAUAGAUUCAGACUACCGUUGAUUCCAGCUCGAAAAAUUGUAGAAGAGUUUUCUCAUUGUGAUACAGCCGUCUAAUUUAUGAGCAAUCUUUAAAUCAGUAGUCCUUUUUUACUUUUACUUUCAUUGGUGUUUUAAUCGACAUAGCUUCCCUAGGGUUUCCUUUAACAGUAAAACAAUACUAAUAAAAUUUGUAAAUGUGUGAAAAACUCGAAACGAUUGUCUAAUUACUAUUUCCAAAUGGGUUAAGUCUAUUGCCACGAAAUAAAUGGGUUGCAUAGACAUUAGACAUACUAUAGACUUGUCAGGUCGAUCUCGGAUCUGGUACGACAUCUUAUUUAUUCAAAAUUCUAACACGAUUUUGUUUUAAUUUUAAUCACUCAACAAAUUUGUCGUUAAGCUGAACACUUUGCAUUCACAGAUCACAGUCGAACUUUUGCCGCCUUGGCUGAUUGUCUCUGCAAAUUGCAUAGAUGCCAGAUGCGGACGUUUUUUAAUUGCAAAACUGAAAACGGCAAUGUUGCGCCUACGCGUUAUUUUCAAGAUGGCUGCUGACAGUCUGACAGCCUCACGACCUAAGUCAACUCAACUUAUUCUCCCUGUUAUUAUAAUAUUCGUCAUCAAAAUGAUAACAUACCCUACAAUAUAUGCUUGGCAAUUCCAUCUGAUCAUGUGACCUGAAUCUGCUGUUUCCCAAAAUGUCGUCUCUUGCUGCACGUACCGACUGUGCGUUUCGUCCCAUGUAGAAAUACUUCACAACAGUAAAAGUGAUCAUGUCGAUGUAACCCAAAGCAUGAUGAAGUCUGAGCUUCUCCAUUGCAGUCCAAUGUGCUGUGCAGUGCGAUUUGUUGCAGCCAGCUGGCGAAAGGUGUUCUUCUUGCAGGCUUGCUACCUGUACUGUUUGUGGCUUUCGUCACAUGCAGAAGCACUUCCAAACAAUUUAAAGCAUUUGAAUUGAUCAACUUUUUUACAUAGGAUUAACAGCCUCUUGAGGUCUGAUCCUCUUUGUUGCAGACCAUUGUGUACGUGAAUUUUGUGCAGCCAGCUAGUGAACGGUGUGGUGAGCUGUUGCAUGCAGACUGUGGUGCUGGUGUCGUUCGUUCAUUUAACUAUGGACCGUUCAGUCGUUCGUUUAUCGUAAGAAAUCUGUCACUUGUCGUAGGUGUAUAAAAUUGUGUCGACCAGUUGGCAAAGUAGGUUAGCAUUUAGUUCUUGCAGUCGAAGACAAGUGACAUCUUAUUUUGUGCUUCUAAAUAAGUGCUUUAGUGAAAAGUACUUCUAAAGAGUUUUAAACUUUUGUUGAUGAAACAUAACAGAAAUUCCCUUGCUCUUUAAAAAAGUGAAGUGAAAUCUUUAUGAUCUUUGAUCACCUUCUUGAUUUCUUUAAUUUAGUGUACAUUUCAAAUUUCCAUGGACAGUGCUAAUGCAGUGCUAAUGCUGCCCCGAGCUAAAUCACCAAAGAUCCCGAGUACUACACCGAGGCUCCCAAACACUACACCACCGAGUCACCGGAGUACUACACGUAUGUUGCCCCAGUUUAUACACCGAGGCUCCCAAGUAUUACUCAGUUCCUAGCUACUACACCGUGGCUCCAACUAAUUACACCACCAAAGCGGCUGAACACUACACCGAGCUGCCCAAGUACUACACCACCAAGGCUCCAGAGUAUUACACCACAACUUAUACUUCCCCGAGCCACUACACCGAAGCCCCGAAGUAUUAAUCUGCCCCAAGCUACAACUGAGGCGGCCAAGUAUUACGCAGCCCCGACUUACUACACAGCUCCUUCGUACUACGUUGAACCGGAAUACUACACCGAUGCUCCAGUUUACUACACCACAACCCACACUACACCUAGCUACUACACCAAGGCCCCUAAGUACUACGCUACCAAGGCACCUGAGUAUUAUACCACUACUUACGCUGCUCCGACCAGCUACACCGAAGCUCCGAACUAUUGACUCUAUCCCGCGUUACUACACCACUAAGGCACCUGAAUAUUACACCACACCCUACGCUUCUCCAACUUACUUCAAGGACGUUUCUUAAUACUUGAGUCGAAUUUUAAUCAUGUUCAGAUUUGUCGGUCAUAUCUUAAUAGUUACUAGUCACUGGGAAUUGUUGAUCUUUAAUGACAAAAUAAUUUUUUAAAACCUG